CAAGCCAGGGGUCCCAGGAAGAGACGGGAUACCUGGAAAAGAGGGAACACCAGGGUUGCCAGGGAAACAGGGUAUCGCUGGACCAAUGGGGUCCGCGGGGUUGAAGGGGGAGCAGGGGGACAGUGGCCCCCCAGGAAAGGCUGUAGCAGGACCCCCCUGGUAUGAAAGGAGCACAGGGACCUCCUGGUGUGACCUUACCUGGGACAGUGGGUGAGAGCGGGCUGCCAGGGCUACGGGGUGAGAGGGGAGACAAGGGUCCUGCAGGCAUCAAAGGGGACCGGGGAGCUGCUGGUGAAAAUGGAGAGCCUGGAGAAGAUGGGGGCAGAGGACCAGCAGGGCCUAAAGGAGACAGGGGAGAGAGAGGCAUCGGACUGGCAGGGCCUCCUGGUCAGCUGGGACCUCAAGGGUUAAAUGGGGACACAGGUCUCCCGGGCCCAGCAGGCCCUCCAGGAGCCCAGGGCGUAGCAGGGACCCCUGGUCUGGCCGGCCUGAGAGGAGAGAACGGAACUCCAGGACCCCCAGGACCUCUAGGACCCAGGGGUAUCCAAGGCUUUACUGGUCAGACAGGGACUCCUGGAGCUCCUGGGCCACCCGGACCCCCUGGCUUAGCUGGUUCACCGGGCACUGCUGGUGGCAAAGGGGAUAAGGGAGCGAUUGGAGCGGGAGUACCUGGAUUGAGAGGCGAGAGAGGAGACCCAGGACCCAGGGGGGAGGAGGGUCGAGGUGGUCAGAACGGGGAGAGAGGACUAGCGGGCUCUCCAGGUGGCAAAGGAGGCAGGGGAGAUAAGGGUGAAUUGGGGCUGCAAGGUGGCAAAGGAGAAAAGGGUGAUACUCUCCUGGUGGGAGGACCUCCAGGAGAGAAAGGAAAUAAAGGAGAGACGGGUGACCGAGGGCCCAAAGGGGUGCAGGGAGAGAAAGGCUUGAAAGGCAAUGACGGCCCAGCUGGGGAGCAGGGUCUGAGGGGUGAGCCAGGAGACAGGGGCUCUACAGGGUUCCAAGGAGCCAGAGGUCCAGGAGGACAGAAGGGAGAGGCGGGACAGCCUGGUGUACCUGGAGAAUCAGGUACCCCAGGAAAGGAUGGAAUGCCAGGCUUUAGAGGGGAUAAGGGAGACGUUGGAAUAACUGGAAUGCGUGGAAUUAAGGGCGACCGAGGAUCAAAGGGGGCUUGUGGAUCAGACGGACCGAAAGGAGAAAAGGGAGAUUCAGGGAUCCAUGGGAGGUCAGGGUUGCCUGGAAGGAAAGGUGAACAGGGAGACUUGGGGCCUCCAGGGGCCAUUGGAACCCCUGGCAAGGAGGGACUGAUCGGCCCCAAGGGUGACCGAGGCAUUGAUGGAGUACUAGGACCCAAAGGAACGCAGGGAGAGAAGGGCGAAAGGGGCCCCUCGGGUAUCCCUGGCCCUCCGGGCCCUACAGGAGUGGACGGGGCCUCUGGACUGACAGGGCCUCAGGGGCCCGCUGGAGCUAAGGGCCCAGAAGGGCUCCAAGGACAGAAGGGGGAGAGGGGGCCUAUUGGUCCUGCCAAGAUUGGUCCACGUGGUAUCCCAGGUAUACCAGGAGAAAGAGGCGGGCAGGGGGAGUUGGGUCUAGAUGGAGCCAAGGGAGACAGAGGAGAGCCAGGCUUGACGGAGGAUGAGAUUCGUGCAUACGUCCGCACAGAGAUGAGCCAACACUGUGCUUGUGGAGGUAUUGUUGUGACAGAAACCCUGCCCAGCCCCAGGGUACGUCCUGCUCCAGAGCAACAGCUGGCCCGGAAGGGCAAGCAGGGCAAGGACGGGCGUGAGCUGCGUGUAGUGGUGAACACCAACGACCCCGACUACGAACACUUCUACUCUAUAGAGAGUUACGACGAACCCAUGGCCAUGGAGCAGAGCAUCCACCUGACUCCCACUGCCAAUCAGAGCCAUGGUGAGAGAGUCACUGUUGACCCUCUGAAAACAAAGAGGCCCAGGAGAGAGGUCAAAGGGGAAGCUCCAGUGGAUCCUUGUAUGUUGCCCCUGGAGGAGGGCAACUGUGGGAGAUUUACUCUGCGCUGGUACUUUAACAGCCAGGUCCAGGCCUGCCGACCCUUCAUCUACAGUGGCUGUGAGGGCAAUGCCAACCGGUUCCUCCAGCAGGAGACCUGUGAGGAGCGCUGCCUCGGGGAGGACACAGGUGCUAUUCCUUUGAAGAAGGGGCGAUGAUGAACGGCAUGUCAUGACCACCUCUCCACCCUAAAGAAUGUCAACAAAUGGUUGUUUAAUAUUGAAAACUAUAAACAUUGGCAAGGUUUUGAAUAUAUAUAUAUAUAAAGCUUUGAUGGAUCUUGUCUCAUUGCCACAGGUCACAUUGUUGAUUUGCUUAUUUAUUUCAAGUACAUUUAUAUUACAUUAACUGCAGCCAAACGUUUUAAUCCCUCUCAGAAUUACAUCUAGCGAUUACAGCAGUACUGUAUUACUGGAAGACAAUGUUGUCCAAACAUUGACGCAACCUUACCACAGAAAGCAGGAUCUGCCUUUGGUGGAUGUACAGCUCAUGAGUUCCAAAUCUGUCCACUAAAGAACAGAGCUGUUCUGUAUGUAUGAAGAGGCACGCACAAUACGUUAUACAGUAUGUUAUAAUAUUUUGCCAAUGUGAUGUACAUAUAAAUGUAUAUUUGUAUUACCUGGGAAAAAGUGUUUUGUGUGUCCUAAUGAUUCAUGUUAAACUCUGCAUUGUUUUACCUGACAGAGGUAAGGUGCUAUUUUAAAAUGUAUAUUUGUAUUGCACUUUUCAUUUGUUGUUUUCAAAGAAAAAAAUUAAGUUCGUUUUUUUCAUCAAGUUUAAUGUUCAAAUUGCAAAGGAACACAAACAUGUUGGCUUGACAACAUUAAUAAUUGUUUUAUUAAA